GUUUCCCGUAAACUCACCAUUAAAUUACCUUGGGCGGGUCCAAUACAUACAACCAUAAAGUUCUGUCAUUGCGUAGUAGGCCCGUCCAACUCAUGCGCCUCGUGUUCUAUAAAAAAAACUCAAUUUCCAAAGAAACUUUACUACUUUAUUUUGUUUGAUCUGAUAUACUUUACCACUUUCUUACGUCUCCAGGUACCUUCAUGAUUCUAUCAAAGUUUCGACGUUGAUUCUCUCAAACAACCUGAAAAAGUCUCGAACGCCGAUCCAUUUCUCCCUCCCUACUCCGCCAAUGGACAUGUCGGGAAAUCAAACUACGGCACGAAACAGUGACGACGGCCCAAUCAGCCAGGGCCCUCUCAGUUGCUACCAAAACGUCGUCGUAAUGAGGCACGGCGAUCGCAUGGAUAACUUCGUGCCCCUCUGGAUCUCCACGGCCCCGCGGCCUUGGGAUCCACCCCUGUUCGAAACCGGUCUAACCCGGGCGCACGUUACGGGUCGGAACCUCCGAAACAAUCUGGGUUUCCCAAUCCACCGGGUCUUCGUGUCGCCGUUCCUUCGUUGUGUUCAGACCGCUGGAGAAGUCAUAUCCGGUCUCUUCACUCUCGUCGAUGAUCCUAACGCCCUGACCAGCCGCGGCGGCUCUGUCCCAAUUGAUACCUCGAAAGUCAAAGUCUCGAUUGAGUACGGACUCUGCGAAAUGCUAAACAACGAAGCUAUUCGACCCCAGUCGGCUCCACGAGAUGGAGAGUUCGGUUUCAAAGUUUCCGAGCUGCAAGCUUUGUUUCCGGCUGGAACUGUGGAUCGAUCUGUAGAACCUGUGUACACCGAGUUGCCUAAGUGGCCAGAGCAAGUGAGCGCAUCAAGAAAUAGAUAUGCUCAUGUCAUUAAAGCCCUUGCUGACAAAUAUCCCACUGAGAACCUACUUCUUGUAACUCAUGGGGAAGGCGUUGGGGUUGCAGUGUCGGAGUUCAUGAAGGGUGUUUCUGUAUAUGAAGUAGAGUAUUGUGCCUAUGCACUUCUGAAAAGGCCAAUCUUUAACAGAGACGACUUAUAUACAGCUGGAGAAUUUCAGAUAGAGACACACAAAGGCCACACUGGUAUCCGAUAUCUACCUUUAGCCACAACUGAUGAAGAUGAAGAAGCCAAGUGAUCUGUCUUCAACGAUGAUUACAUCUGAGACUCAUUAUGCUUUGUUUUGACACUCAUUUUUUUAUGGUCAUCGCAACAAAUUUCUCACCAUUUCUGUUCCUUUUUUUUUGGUUUAAUUUGAUUUUCGUGUAUUGGCGCUAGCCCUUUUUUGGGGUUUGAUUAAUGAUGAAAUUGUGGAAAAUAUUAUCUUUCGUGUCAAA